AAGCUCCGGAAAUGCUUUAACACAAACUUCAGCCUCAUGCCUCUUUUUGUUCUGCUCAUGCAGGAGCUUCAGUUCGAGCGUCUAACCAGGGAGCUGGAAGUGGAGAGGCAGAUUGUGGCCAAUCAGCUGGAAAGAUGCAGACUCGGGGCUGAAUCGCCCGGCGCUGGUAGCAGCAGCUCAUCAGAGAAGUCCCUACCAUGGAGAACUGCAGAUGCCUGUGGGGACACCAAGUCUCGGAUGACUGACAGCUCCCAGUCGCCAAGCUACCGAAUCAGGACUGAGUCAGAGCAGGUGUCUCUGUACUCCCCAGAGCAGUCUUCCCUUCAUGAAAGUGAGGGGUCUGGAGGAAACUCGUGCGGGUCAGCCCAAAUGAACUCCUACUCUGAUAGUGGCUACCAGGAAGCCAGCAGUGGCUACCUCUGCAACCAGAACCAGAGCAAGGCUGAGCUGAGGAUGCAGCACUCCUUCCCUGGUGCUGGCACUGGCACCCUGAUGAGGAAUGCCAGGGCUGAGGGCCAGGCUUCAGCCCAGGUUCAAGCAGUCACCGCAGCAGUGCCUGGCCGUGCUAUGCGGAGGGUUAGCUCAGUGCCUUCUCGCUCUCACUCGCCAGCCUAUGCCAGCAGUAUGUCCCCAUCCCGCGGCUCCUUUCGUACCUCAGUUGGCAGUGCCUACGGCUCCCCCAUCGUUACUGAACCCAAACCUCUGUCCAGCAUCUACUCUACGACCCUGCCCUCCACUCAGCGCACCAGUAGCACCGGCGCCAGUGGCUCUCCCUACUCCACCCAGAAAAGCUCCCCGGCAGGACUGCGCCGCGUGGGCUCCUCAAACUCGCGAUCGGGCAGCGCCAGCCGCACCACCUCGCCCUAUCAGACCUCUGCGGCGUCGCCGUCGGGCCGCAUGGGCUCGCCCCUGACAAUGGUGGACAGCGUCAAUGCUCCUCUGACUAAGCAGCCCUCCCACUCGUCGUCCCCCCUCAGGGCCAGCAUGAAAGCUGUGCCGCAGCACUACAGCUCCACUCUGCCUCGCUCUGUGCUCCACAACACUGACCCCUAUGGACCUCAGAGUUAUGACAUUUAUGAGAGGAUGACGCGACCCGACAGCCUCACAGAUGCCCUCAUUGAUGGUGACAUUCAAGGAAUACGGAGCUCCUACGCCAGUCAGCACAGCCAGCUUGGUCAGGAUGUCAGGUCCUCAGUGUCUCCAGACCGCCACAUUGCGCCAAUCUAUGAGGACCGGACACUCCAGGGUCCACUUUACCGCAGCCCCAGCCACACCCAGCAGGGCACCCUCUACAGGAGCAGCUCAGGUGUGGGGAGUCUGCAGAGGUCGUCCAGCCAGCGCAGUGCCAUGACUUACCAAAGAAACAACUAUGCUCUUAACACAGCAGCCGCCUAUGCCGAUCCGUAUCGCUCAGCACAGUGCCGGCCCUCUGACCCAGCCUACGCUCGCCAGGCUCUCGUAAUGGACGACGGAGCUGCCCGCUCCCCUUCCAUAGACAGCAUUCAGAAGGACCCCAGAGAGUUUGCGUGGCGUGACCCAGAGCUGACAGAGGUAAUCCACAUGCUGCAGCACCACUUCCCCUCUGUGCAGGCCAACGCAGCUGCCUACCUCCAGCACCUGUGCUUUGGCGAUAAUCGAAUCAAGAGUGAGGUGGGUCGACUGGGAGGAAUCAAACACCUGGUGGACCUGCUGGAUCACAAAGUCAUUGAGGUCCAGAGGAACUCCUGUGGAGCUCUGAGAAACCUUGUUUAUGGCAAGGUUAUGGACGACAACAAGAUCGCUGUUAGGAAUGCUGGAGGUAUCCCAGCUCUGCUCCGCCUGCUGAGGAAAACUGUGGAUGCAGAAGUCCGGGAGCUUGUGACAGGGGUGCUGUGGAACCUAUCGUCAUGUGACGCCGUCAAGAUGACAAUCAUCCGGGACGCCUUAUCAACACUGACCAACACUGUGAUCAUCCCUCACUCUGGAUGGAGCAGCUCCACCUUUGACGACGACCACAAGCUGAAGUUUCACUCCUCCCUGGUGUUGAGGAACACCACUGGCUGUCUGAGGAACCUGAGCUCGGCCGGGGAGGAGGCCAGAAAACAGAUGCGCACUUGUGAGGGUCUGGUUGACUCACUGCUCUACGUCAUCAAAGCCUGUGUAAACACCUCUGACUUCGACAGCAAGAUUGUGGAGAAUUGUAUUUGCACUCUAAGGAAUCUUUCAUAUCGUCUGGAGCUGGAGAUGCUGCCGUCUCGACUGAUGGGCGGGCAAGAGCUGGAUGGCUUACUGGGCACAGAGUCUCCCAGUAAAGAGGUGGAUUCCAGCUGCUGGGGCAGAAAGAAAAAGAAGAAGAAGAACAGCUUGCAGGAAGACUCAUGGGACGGCGUUGGGCCUAUCCCUGGCUUCUCCAAGUCUCCAAAGGGUGCAGAGAUGCUAUGGCACCCCGCUGUGGUUAAACCUUACUUGACUCUGUUGGCUGAGAGCUCCAAUCCUGCCACUCUGGAGGGUUCAGCAGGGUCCCUUCAGAAUCUGUCAGCUGGAAACUGGAAGUUUGCAGCAUACAUCCGUGCAGCAGUGCGUAAGGAAAAGGGUCUACCAAUCCUGGUGGAGCUGCUCCGGAUGGACAACGACCGGGUGGUGUGUUCAGUUGCCACCGCUCUGAGAAACAUGGCACUGGACGUCAGGAACAAGGAGCUUAUAGGGAAGUACGCGAUGAGGGACCUGGUUAACCGUCUCCCAGGGGGAAACACCACCCUGCUGUCAGAUGAGACUGUGGCAGCCAUCUGCUGCACCCUGCACGAGGUCACCAGCAAAAACAUGGAGAAUGCGAAAGCCUUGGCCGACACGGGCGGCAUCGAGAAGCUGGUCAACAUCACCAAGGGCAGAGGAGACAGGUACUCUGUGAAGGUGGUGAAAGCUGCAGCUCAGGUGCUGAACACACUGUGGCAGUACAGAGACCUGCGCACCAUCUAUAAAAAGGAUGGAUGGAACCAAAACCAUUUCAUCACCCCUGUAUCAACGCUUGAGCGGGACAGGUUCAAGUCCCAGCCCACCCUCCCCACCAACAGCAUUCAGAUGUCUCCAGUCAGCCACCCUGCUGCAAGUGCCACAUCAUCUCCUGCAAUGUUGGGCAUCAAAGAGCACAGAGACACCAUCAGGAGUUAUCAGAGAGCUCCAUCAACUAUGCAAUUUUCUAAUUACCAAGGAGACAGCAGUAUUCAUAGAAAACAGUAUACAGGCUCUGGAAAACCGUCUCCAUAUUACUACUCAUCACCCACAAGGGAGGAGCCCAGAAGAACACAGGUGAAUAUGUUAAUAUUCUGUGUCCUCAUCCACUCAGAGUCGACCCUGCAGACGAACCCACCCGUAUAUUACACUGAAGAGCCCGGCAGGAGAAACUACGACACCUACAGAAUGUACCUGCAGCACCCCCACGGCUACGACGACACAUAUUUAGAGGAGGUCAUCACCUAUCCCCCCACAGUGGACUACAGCUCCCAGCCUGUGGGACUGAAAUCAACCACCAACUAUGUGGACUAUUACGCCAGCACGCAGAGGCCUUCCUACAGGGCAGAGCAGUACCCGGGCUCUCCUGACUCCUGGGUGUAGGUCGGAGACGCCUCCUCUUCCCUCCCCCGAUUCUCAUUUCAGGACAUAAGGAGGAGCAGCUUCACCCUGCGGCGAAGGCCAGGAGCCGGCGGGAGACGUCAUUUUUCAUGAACUGGGCUUUAUAAGUGUGUCUGUUUGAAAGCAGGUGUGCGUGUGUGAGGAGAAGUUUGGCUGAGUGGUAGCAGAUGGAAAGACGGGACGUGUGCCAAAGAGGGAAAUAACGGAAUGUUUUUACGAUUAUUUUUCAUUUAGCCGAAAAAAAGGUGGAAUCAUGCUGGGAGUGCGUUGGGGGACGAUACUGACACUACAGCGACAAGAUGUGCGUUCGGUUGUGUGUAGAUGGUAGUUUGAAAUCUUAGCUGUGAUAGUAUGAAGAAAGGUGUGAGUCACGUAAUUGAAGGUCUGCGGUAAGAGUCAAGAUGAGGAGGGGGGGUGUAUGUUUUAAAGCCAAAAUGGAUCAUGAACUCAUCUGUAAAAAACAAAACAAAAAAGUGAACUAAUGAUGUUAGAUUGUACAGAGGGAUCAAAUUGUAUCUGUACUUAAUGUUGAAACUGUGUAAUGCCAUGGAGUCUUGUACAUUUCUUUGAUUUUAUUGUAAAUACAGAAGAAAAAAACAUCUUACCUGGUUUACACAUCAGCACUGGUUAAAAAAAGAGAACUUGUGCCAUGUUAGAGCUCUAAAGAUAUAUAAUUAUACAAAUCUGUGGACAAAGACAACAUCAUAGCAACCAUGUUAACAUAAUAAAAAGGUCAGUUUUGUUUUUUAA